CGGUUGUCAUACAUCUGUCAUUUCAUUUCUGCUAAACAGUGAAGAAGCCACGCGAAAAAUCUGUUUUCUGUUUUAAAGGUUUUAUAAAAGAGUGAAAUUUACGUGCGAAAUAUAAAAUGGCAGAGCCUAUGAAGCAGACCGUUGCCGCAAUAUUAAAGAGCAUUGAAAGGUAUAACCCAGCUAAUCUUCAAACAUUGGAAAGAUAUGUGGAAAUGCAGUCUCGAGAGAACACUUACGAUUUGGAGGCCAACUUGGCGGUUCUGAAGCUAUAUCAAUUCAACCCAGAGAAGUUUAAUGCCGACAUUACGUGCCAGAUUCUGCUAAAGGCCCUUACUAACUUCCCACAUACAGAUUUCACUCUAUGCAAGUGCCUACUUCUGGAAUCUGUGGUGGAAAACGAGACAAUAUCACAGAUAAAAUAUUUGGCAGACAUUCUAGAGCAGUGUGAUUUUGCUCAGUUCUGGAAUAGAGUGCACCAAAUGCCUGAAUUGUGUAACCGCAUCAAUGGUUUCCAUGAUUCCAUAAGGAAGUUUGUGUGUCAUGUGGUUGGCAUUACUUUCCAGACUAUUGAUAAGAACAACCUCGCUAAUUUACUGGGUGGAAUUGAUGACGUAACUUUGAAACACUGGGUUAAGAAAUAUGGCUGGAGAGAUGAAGUUAAUCUGAUUUUCAUAGCUAAUCAAGAUGAAAACAUUAAGACUAAAAAUAUUACUGAAAAGAUUGAGUUUGACCACCUGGCCCCACUUAUGGCACUAUUGUGAACUUAAAAAUAAAGAUUGUCAAAACUCAUAAUUUUUCCUUUCUAAUAAUAUCACAAAUAUUUUUUUGGGUGUAUAAAAACGUAAGAUAGGAUUUCAAAAUUAACAAUUUUAAUAACUUGCAACUUUUCUUACAACAAAUUUUGUUUUGAACUUAAACAUCUUUAACAACAAUUCAACAAAAUCAAGGCAACAGAUACUUC